AUGUUUGCAUUACUAAAUGACUAUUCACGAUACACUCCUGUUUCCCUUAAUGAAAUACAUAUUUCAUAUAAAAAAAUAGAUCUAGCUAUUAAGGACAUGUUUGAUCAAGGAAUUAUUGAUUACAGUAUAUAUAGUUAUUUGGAAAGCAAGAAUCCUGGGGUCCCUUGUAUAUUUGGGGUACCCAAGAUCCACAAGGACAUUACCGACCCACCCUUAAGGCCUAUUGUUGCUGCCCAGGGAUCAAAGAUAGCACCCCUUUCCAAAUUUUUGGAUUGGAAGUUUAAAACCUUGUGGCCUAGGGAAUCAUAUUUGCUCAAGGAUUCAUGGGAAUUCUUGAGCAAAAUCACAUCCGAGUUAAAUGUACCCAAUCUACGGUUCCUUACCAUUGAUGUGAUUGAUCUUUUUUCUGUUAUACCUCAUGAAAUGGGGUUAAUAUGGCUUGAAGAAGCACUGAGGGAGUGCCCUAGGGCUAGUGAGAAUGAUAUUAUUCUCAUUUUAGAAUUGGCAGAAUUAGUAUUACAUAAUAAUUUCAUCUAUUUUUCAGGUGAAUACUACAAGCAGGCCUCUGGAGUGGCUAUGGGUGCCAAUUGUGCACCCACGUAUGCUGACAUUAUCUUAUCAAAUUGGGAAAAUAAAUUUGUUAUGAACAGUGGAUAUAAGAGCAACUGGAUAUUUUAUUCCAGGUUUUUGGACGACAUUUGUAUCUUUUGGACGGGUUCCCAUGAUACAAUUGUGGACUUUAUGGAAUAUUUAAAUUCCAGUACUGAUUUCUUGAAUUUUACUUAUCAAGUACAUUCAGGUACGGUACAAUAUUUAGAUGUGGCCCUUAGUGUCCAGCAAGAAGGUUUCAGAUCUAACAUCUAUAGGAAACCUACGUUUUCCAACAGUUAUAUCCAUUACAAUAGUUCACAUCCAGGAUACCAAAAAAGAGGGAUUGUCAAGGGCUGGUUUGUCAGGGCAUCUCGUAUGACCUCUGAUGAUUUGGACUAUCAUUUUGAAUGUUCUAGACUUACUGGGACGUUUCUGGAAAGGGGCUAUCCUGUGGAAUUUAUCAAUAAAAUUUGUUUGGAAGUCCAAGAGGGUAGAUACGAUAAAUACAGACCAGUCUUGGGCACUGGGCAAUUGGAAAAAACUUCAGGGACAGUCCAUCCCCAGACAGAAUUUAAUCAGGCCUUUAUCACUGAUUACAGUGCCAAUUCAGGCACCAUUCGUAGUAUAAUUCUGCAUGAAUGGAAUAUUUUCAGGGAUAUCACAGACCUUGGGAAUUUACAAGGAAAGAGCAUCAAGAUGGUAUACCGUAAAGGGAAUAAUAUUAAAAAUUUGCUGGAACAUGAACCCAAUAUUAAUGCUUUUAGUAAUAGACGCAGGGGUACUUUUAGAUGUGGCACAUGUUCACAAUGCAAGUGCUGGUUGUCAUGGAGUCUGACCAUUCCAUUUUACUAUCCCCUAUUUUGGACUCUGGAAAAUGCAGAAAUUUUGGCAGCAAAGAGGGACGUUGCUGAGCUAAAUGGGGAAUUAACCCGGCUCAUAGAACUUCUUUCACAACCUUCUGCUGUGAAUUAUCGUCCUUAUCCUCGAACUGGAUCUCCUAAGGAAGAACUAGGCACCGCUUGUUUGGUUAAUGGUACUGCGAGUCCUACAACUCCUGCAUUCCACCUUAAGCAAGGUAGGCAGCAAGUUGCGGUUGCACAGGUUCAUUGUGGCAGCAGGAAAUGUGCUACUUUGAUUGAAAAUCUUCCUGUUCAUGAAGAAAACAACUCUACUUGUAUUUCGAACAGACUUCCUGGACGCUCUAACUGUGUGGCCGAUAUUGAACCCACCAUUGUAUUUGAGGAUGUAAACGGAGAGGGCGAACUGACUAAUGGACGCCCAGGCAAUUUUACCACUAAAACAGGUACGCAAACAUUUAAAAACCAACGUAACAGUACUUGUUGUUGUUGUAAAGAAAAUGGAACAGCUCAAAAUAGGGACAAAGUGAUUAAUUGUAUAUCUUCUUCUGCUGGCUCAGUGAAGUGUGUCCCUAACACACAAAACGUUUUAAAACAGUUCAAUUAUGGGGACAUUAUCGGAAAGCAUUAUUCCUUUUCUAAGCCAGUUCGUGAUGAAUUUAAUAACUUUAAAGGACAAAACCAGACUUUAAAUCACUUCAAAUCAUUGAAAGACAUGAUUUAUUUUUUUGAAAAAAGACUUUUGAAAUAUAAACUUUAUCAGAUAGAAAUCUGUUAUUUAAACGAAUGUUUAAAGAAAAAAGUUGUGCCACAGGGGUUAAGAAUUUUCAAGUUUCCUUUUGGUGUGUAUUACAACAAAGAGAAUGUUAAUGAAUUAGUUAAUAUGUUUGAUAAGUGGGGAUUAGAACUUAUUGUGAAGACUGUCUCAUUUUAUGAGAAAAUGGAAGUUGAUUUACAAAAAGAGGUGGAAAACAAGAUGAUUGUUACUGAUCUAUUGUUUGAACAACAUCAGGGUUUAUACAACAAAAUUUUGAAUAGGGUGGACAGAAAAUGUGAUGGGACAUUCAACAAAAAAGCUGAAAAGUUGGCCCGAGAUUUAAAACAAUAUCAAACUGGCAAAACUUAUCCCAUUGAGAGACUUAUUGUCCAUAAUUCAUGGAAUAUAGACUAUCCACCUACUCCUAGGGCAGACAAUGAGUGUUUUUUAGGGCCUAUGGACCCAGAAACAACAGGGGAGGAGGAUGAUUAUUUUGAAGGGGAACAUCGACCACCCUUUGAUUAUCAGGAUUUUCCGUUACCCCGACGCUCAAAAAGAAAUUUUCAUCCCUUUUGGCAAAAGAAAAGCAUCAUAAAGGGUCAAGCAAUCAAGGUAGCUAGAAUGAUUUCUUUGGUGGAAGAUCUUAUACCCGAGUUUGAGUUUUUAAAAAAUAUGUUCUUGGACAGGGGUUACCCUACGGGUUUGGUGGUAAAAACUCUUAAUGAUGUUUUUAGUGAAUGGGGAAAAAAAUACACCCCAUUAUUAGGUAAGGGAACUACCAAAAACCAGUAUUCCGGGGAGAAUGAUAAAAAAUUGAACGAAACACAUUUUGAACAUUCUUGUAUUGUACAGUACAGUCCACUAUGCCAACAAGUUAAAGAUGUUUUGUACAAAAAUUGGAGUAUAUUUAAAGUUGAUUAUGACAAAUAUCGAGUUUUAGGUGAAAAACCAGUGUUUACCACUAAAAUUGGGUUUAACUUGAAAAAGAUUCUGGAAAGUAGACCAAAAUGUUUUACCAUUGAUGGAAUUUACAACAAUGGGAGUAAAUUAUUUUAUCUUAAAGUGCUAGAAUGUUUUACAAAAUGGUGUUGCAUUGUAAGUAUUACUGAACAGUGGUUACAGGUUUUGAUAGAGUGUAACCAGAUAAGGAAGGAAGCUGAUGAUUCAGGUCCACUGACAGAAUUGGAGUAUUGGAAACGUAUGGGUGCCAGAUUCAGCUCAAUUAUUGAACAGAUUAAAGGUCCCUAUUGUAAAGCUAUUAUAAGCAUAUUACAUGCUAGUCAAUCUCGUGUGUUUAAGAUAUGGAGAGAGCUGGAUAAUCGAAUUACAGAUGCAGCCAAUGAGUCAAAAGACAAUGUAAAGUAUCUCUACACUCUUGAAAAAGUGUGCCAACCUCUUUACGACAGUGAUCCAGUCACAAUGAUUAAUGGAAUACAGAAACUGAUAACUGCCAUAAGAAUGAUUCAUGCUGUCUCCAGAUAUUAUAAUACAUCUGAGAAGAUGACAUCUCUGUUUAUAAAAGUCACAAAUCAAAUGGUUACAGCUUGCAAGGCAUAUAUCACUGGCAGUAGUGGGUCUUCUAUUUGGGAUCAGAAUGAACAAGGUGUAAUUAAAAAAAUGGAGGACUGCAAUUUACUCUUCAAGGAGUACCAGAAGUGCUUUCAUGAAGCCAAGAAACAGACCCUGGACACACAAAAUGAGAAACCUUUUGAAGUGUCUGAGACAUACAUAUUCAGAAAAGCUGAGGUUUUCUGUAACAGGUUGGAGAAAAUCAUGCAGAUUAUUAGAUCUGUGAAAACAUUUUCUGUUCUAAAUCAAUCCACAAUUGAAGGAAUUGAAGUCCUUGGUACAAAAUUUCAGACUUUCUACCUUAAAAUAAAAAAGAAGCAGUAUGACAUCUUGGAUCCUCAACAGACAGAAUUUGACAUAGAUUACGAUGAGUUUAUAACUCAAAGCCACGGUUUAGAAACACAGAUACAGACCUUUAUGAACUCUGCCUUUAAAAGAAAUUUAACCUCUGAGCAAGCAUUACUGCUGCUUAAAAGGUUUCAGCUCCUAAAUAUGCCAUGUCUUCGGUCAGAAAUAGAAAAUACAGUAGGGAUUAUUCUACAUAACUAUGAAGCAGAGUUAGAAGAUACAGAAAAGCUUUACAAUACGCAGAAAAAUGAUCCUCCACUUGGUCGAAAUUUUCCACCAGUAGCUGGGAAGAUUCUUUGGGUGAGGCAAUUGUACCGAAGAAUUCAUGAGCCAAUUGAAUAUUUCUACAAAAUGUCUGACCUUCUGACAAGCCAGGAGGGUGAAGGUGUAGUGAAGUCAUAUAAUAGGACUGCGUAUAUGUUGGUGGAAUAUGAAGUACUGUCCCAUACUGCAUGGGUAAAAGAAGUUUCUCAAGUACAACAUGCAUUGCAGGCUACAUUGUUGGUACGACAUCCAGAAAACAGAAAAAUCCUUCUCAAUUUUGAUCCAAAAAUCUUAGAAAUAGUCAGAGAAGCUAAGUGUAUGAUAAAGAUGGGCCUUGAUAUACCUCAACAAGCCAAAAGACUGAUCAAAGCAGAGACUAUUAUAAAGGCGAACAAGCUGCAUUUAGAGACUUCUCUUCAAACGUAUGAAACAAUAUUUCUUGGAAUAGAUUCAGAAUUUGUGAACUUGAUGGCACCUCAGAUUGCAAAGGUUGAGUCUGUUCUGAGACAGGGACUUACAAUUUUAACUUGGUCAUCCUUGACCUUAGCAAACUUUUUUCUGGAAUGUGAUAUGGCAAUAAAUGAAUUAAAUCAGCUGUUAAAGAAGGUGAAUGAUAUAUGUGAAAUGCACAUUACCACUGUUCUGAAAGAAAUGUCAAACACACUCCUCAUAGACCUGCCUGAAGACAAUUCUUCUAUUGUAGAGGACAUAUUAGCCCGUAAUGAGGUACACAGUAGACAGAUAGCCUAUAUUUUAGAUCACAAAAGUCAUCGUGUAGAAGAGGCUGUUAAAGAGCUGAUAUCCUUAUUUCGAUCAGUACAUGAAGCAGUGGAGCUUAAGAAGAUAAAUCCUCCUGAGAUACCAGAUUCCAUACCACCGGGACAACGUACUCCAGUUAUAUCUACCGGUGAAAGCAUAUCUAGCACUUCUAACUCUCUUCUUUCCAACAACGGAACGCAACUCAUGCGCUUGAACCCUACUGCGACUGGUUCCAGUGAACAGAGUAACCAGCUGACAGUCGCAAAUGACAUUAUUCCUGAGCGUAUUGUCGAUACUGGCUCACAAGGGCAAUUGAGGUCUAAUGGCGUUGGGGAGCUUAUUGGAGCUCCGAUUUUUAAGGAUUGGAUCGAGAAUAUCAACCACCUUAGAUUUGAUAAUUUCAACAACACGGAGCAACCGGCUCCCAACGCGGAUACACAGGAGGUGAGUGAAAAAGAGUUUACCAAUAGUCUCAAACUUCUUGAUAAUAAAUUGCUGAAGAUCAAAAAACUCCAACUUGAAGUCAAUUACUUCCAGGAGUGCUGUAGACAACGUAUUGUGCCUAAAGGCUUAAGGCACCAUAUUUAUCCAACUGGUCUGAUUCUUAACUCACUUUUCCACACUGAGUUAAUGAACUUGUUCAACGAGCAGGGUUUUGCACUAAUGGAAUGUAUGAUUAAACAUUACAGACUUCAGAUUUUAGAUCUUAGUAAAGAAGUUGAGACUUUAAAUAGUUACAUUACGAAUCAUUUGGAAUUCAACAGAUAUAGGUUUGACUACGACAGAAUUUUUUCAUCUAUUGAACAACUUUUGAAUAAAUUAAAGUAUACAAAAAAUAAAAAGUUGUCCAGAGACAGACUUGCGUAUGACCAAGACAGAGCAUACCCCAAACCACCAGGGGGUAAUAAUGUACCUAAUGACACUAUAGUGAAUGAAGUUACUACCUUUGAGACUUUUAUUGACGAACAUGACACCAGCCUUGAACCGAAUUCUAGCCCUUUUACGGACAGAUCUAAUACCAGAAACAACAAUACUUGGGCGGGCCGUUUGAGGAACGGCAGACAGUUUACACCUAACAGGAAUUACCAAGACGAUCAACCGACCACUUCGACUAACCAGGUUAACCAACCACUCAAACUUGUGAGUGAAUAUAAUCCUACUUUACAUCCGACAUUGUCCACAUUUGAAGACAUUAUGGAGCUAGAUUUGCGUUGCAUCAGUAACACACACUCUGGAAUUUUUAGAAAAAACAGGCAGAGAAGCAAUAUCAGCAAGGAAGAACGUAUGUUAUUAGCCACUUUUAAAACACUGAACAUUAGGGCCAUCAAACCCGACAAAGGAGGGGGAAUCACUCUAUUUGAUAAUUUUGAUUAUAUUGACAGAGUGGAAAAUAUUUUAGCCAGUGAAACUUAUAAGGAAGUAUCCUUAAAUGAAGUAAAUACAGCAUACAGAUUGAUAAAAGGUUAUUACAGUGACUUAUUUAUGGACGGUUAUAUUGACUUAGACAGUUAUCAUUAUAUUAGCAUGAAUUGGCCCAGGAUUCCAACUAUGUUUGCAACACCUAAAAUCCACAAGAGUAUUUCAGACCCCCCAUUUAGGCCGCUUAUAGAUGGCCGGGAUUCCAUAACAUAUGCAUCAGCCAAAUUAGUAGACAAUAUUUUAAAAAAAUACUUAACAACGGAAGUUCAGAUUUGCAAAGACUCUUGGUCAUUUUUAAGCAGCCUUAAUGACAUACCGUACCAUGCAGAGUACAACUUUGUCACUGUAGAUGUUAUUGACCUAUACUCUUCAAUUCCACAUUUAGAAGCUAUAGAGUGGGUAAAUCUUUUUUUACUUAAAAAAGGUGCUUCAACAAAUGAAAUAUUUACAGUGACUACUUUGAUUGAUAUUAUUCUGACCAACAACUUUUUUACUUUCAAUGAUAAACUGUAUUUACAAAAAUGUGGAGUUGCGAUGGGGUCACCGCUUGGGGGUAGCUUGGCUAACACAGUUAUGGCUUACUGGGAACAUCAGUUUGUGUUCAAUAAUGUCAUUUGGACUCCUUUUAUCAAGUUUUACACCCGCUUCCUGGAUGACAUUUUUAUUCUCUUUGAAGGUGACCACAGUAGAGCAGUAGACUUUUUAGACCUUCUUAAUAACACUACACACUUUUUGAAGUUCACCUUUAACUUUCAACUAGUUUCCAUUGAUUAUCUAGAUGUUAACUUAUCAAAAGACACGGUUAACAAUCAAUAUUUCUCUAAAAUACAUAGGAAGGUGACUUAUUGUAACUCCUAUUUGCAUUUCUCCAGUCUCCAUCCAAUCACACAGAAAAAGUCUAUUGUUAAGGGCCAACUGAUACGAGCAGCCCGAAUGACUACUUAUAGCAAUGACUUUGAUUCUGAAUGUGAUUUACUUACUAACUUUUUUAGAGAGAGAGGUUACCCGUAUGACUUUGUUGAAGAGAUUGUGGAGGAAGUUAGGUUGAAAAGGCUAAAUGGAAUUAUUGUCCCAAUUUUAAAUAAAUCUUUUGAUCAGGGACUACAUGUUACAGUGGACACCUUAGUAGAAAUUAAUCAAACACACCCCCCGAUAGAAAGUGGUAGUCUUGAGCCUAAACUCCUACUUGAUCGAAAGAGUGUGACUUUUAGUGAUAAUGAUUUAGACAGAGAAGAGUGUUCUCCAAAUCUGUUUGAGGACUCCCUUGAUUCAGUAAAAGAAGAUGAGUUUGAAAAGGAAUGUAGGGAGCUUUAUGCACAUUUCAGUCGUCAGUUGCUUGACACAUUAGUGAAAUCCACAAGACUCUCUCUUGAUUAUCUUAAAAAAAGAGUUGUUGUUUCCAACACAUUAGGAAGAAAACAUUUAUUUGGCCAGAUGAACAAGACUGAAGAAUUCAUGCCUUUUUUAAAAGCUGAGGUGCAUCUGAUUAUCCCAAAUAUAGUAAUGAUGCCUAAUAUAGAUGACAUUCAGCAGGUCAUCAGUGGUCUGAUACAGCUGAUUCUAGAAGUAAGUCGUGGAAUACAACAAUGGGGACAGCACAGAGAAAAUAAAGCUAAACAAGAAGAAGCUAAGACCAGUAAUAGAGUGACCUCUACAGGGACUGGUAAGUUAAAGAAAGAUUUCUGUUGUAAGUUUGUUCUCUGUUCAUUUAAAAUAAAGAAGGAAAAGAGAUGAUCGGAUGCUGAAAUUCAUUCAAGACCUCUUAAAAAUUUUUAUCAUAGCGUAGCUGAACACAAAGACACUUCCAAAUUAGUAUUUCUGCUUUCUUCUGCUGUAAACUCCAUGAGGAAAAUGGUCAGCAGUGCACUUCAGGAAUUUCAAAGGUUCAGACUUCUAUGGACAGAUGACAGAGAAGCUAAAAUAAAGCAAUUCAUGUCUGGUAGCCCUUGCUUGACUGAAAUAAGGUCAGAAAUUCUUAAUUUUGUGAAAUUUGAAGAAGAAAUUGAAGAAAUAAAGUUCACAGUCCUUGUUGGUUGCAUUGAAAUUCAUACAGGGCCUUUGAAGCUGGCCUUAUCAGUCGAAGCAAAGGCGUGGAAGAUGCUCUUGUGCCAUUACUUACGUGAAGAAUAUAAGAAAAAAAUGUCAGAUCUUAUAUUUUUUAUUACCGAGCAUUUAAAAAAACUGUCACAGCCAAUUCAUGAUCUGGAUGAUGUCAGAUAUGCGAUGGAAGCAUUGCGGCAAAUACGUGAGAAUGAAAUACAGGUUGAUAUGACCCUUGGACCUAUUGAAGAAGCGUAUGCUAUUCUCAACAAGUUUGAAGUAGAAAUAACAAAAGAAGAAACAGAAGGUGUUGAUACACUCAGAUAUUCAUUUAACAAGCUGCAAGCAAAAGCUAAGAGUGUGCAAGAUGAGCUUGUACAUGUUCAACCAAAAUUUAAGGGUAAUUUGCUUGAUUCAGUGGCCAUGUUUCAACAAGAAGUGUCAGUAUUUGGGCAUCAGUAUGAAAUGGAUGGCCCAAUGGUUCCUGGGAUUCCUCCUCAAGAAGCAAGUACUAGGCUACAAAUCUGUCAAGCUCGUUUUGAUGACUUGUGGAGGAAAUUUAUUACCUGUUCUUCAGGAGAACAACUUUUUGGCUUACCAGUGACAGAGUAUGACAGCUUACACAGAAUAAGGAAAGAAAUGAAUUUACUUCAAAAACUUUAUGGCUUAUAUGAUACUGUGAUGGUCAGCAUUAACGGGUACUAUGAUUUACUUUGGAGUGAAGUGGAUAUUGAGAAGAUUAACACUGAACUUCAAGACUUUCAAAACAGGUGUCGGAGACUUCCAAAAGGUCUUAAAGGCUGGCAGGCUUUUCUUGACCUCAAGAGGAGGAUAGAUGAUUUCAGUGAAUCGUGUCCUCUUUUAGAGAUGAUGGCUAAUAAAGCAAUUAAACAGAGACACUGGGAUCAAAUUGCUGAACUGACAAAACAUAAGUUUGAUGUGGAUUCCGAAACAUUCUAUCUGAGAAACAUCAUGGAAGCACCACUUCUUAAACAUAAAGAGGAUAUAGAAGACAUUUGCAUUUCAGCUCAGAAAGAGGAAGAUAUUGAAGCCAAACUCUCUCAAGUUGUUCAGGUUUGGUACAACCAGAAUUUAAGCUUUGCAACAUUUAAAAGCAGAGGAGAAUUACUUCUUAAAGGCACUGAGACUGCAGAAAUUAUUACGCUGAUGGAAGACAGUUUAAUGGUCUUAAAUUCUCUCUUAAGUAACAGAUACAAUACACCCUUCAAGAGAGAAAUUCAGACCUGGGUACAUAAAAUGACCACUUCCACUGACAUUAUUGAACAGUGGCUUGUUGUUCAGAACCUUUGGGUUUAUCUUGAAGCUGUUUUUGUUGGAGGAGAUAUAGCAAAACAGCUGCCUCAGGAAGCCAAACGUUUUCAGAAUAUUGAUAAGGCAUGGAUAAAAAUAAUGGACAGAGCACAUGAGAAUACUAAUGUCAUUCAAUGCUGUGUUGGAGAUGAAACUAUGGAACAUCUCCUUCCUCAUUUACAGGAACAACUGGAACUCUGUCAAAAAUCACUGACAGGGUAUUUGGAAAAGAAGAGAUUACUUUUUCCAAGGUUCUUUUUCAUAUCUGACCCUGCUCUUUUAGAGAUUCUAGGGCAAGCAAGUGAUUCCCAUACAAUCCAGGCACAUUUAUUAGGAAUAUUCGAUAACAUAAAUGAAGUAGAAUUCCAUUCCAAGGAUUAUGAUCGUAUCCUUUCAGUAAUUUCCAAAGAAGGCGAGAAAGUACCACUGGAUGCUACUGUGACGGCAAGGGGCCCUGUAGAACUCUGGCUAGAGGAAUUACUUCAGAUGCAGCAGUCAUCAUUGCAUUCUGUAAUUAGAUCAGCAUAUCUUCAUAUCAGUGAUUCUGGGUUUCUGUUAUUGCCAUUCCUUACCCAGUUCCCAGCUCAGGUAGGACUUUUGGGAAUCCAGAUGCUGUGGACUCGUGAUUCAGAAAAAGCUUUGAAAAAUGCAAAAGAUGACAGCAAGAUAAUGCAGACAACCAAUCAGAAAUUCUUGGAUCUUUUAAAUACUCUUAUUAGCCAGACAACUCGAGACCUAUCUAAAUUUGAGAGAGUAAAAUUUGAAACAUUGAUUACAAUUCACGUGCAUCAGAGAGAUAUAUUUGAUGACUUGGUAAAAAUGCAUAUCAAAACAAUGACGGACUUUGAAUGGUUAAAGCAAUGUCGAUUUUAUUUUAAAGAAGAUGCAGAUCAAGUUUGUGUCUGCGUCACUGAUGUGGAGUUUGUUUACCAGAAUGAGUUUCUAGGCUGCACUGACCGAUUAGUUAUUACACCUUUAACAGAUAGAUGUUAUAUUACCUUGGCUCAAGCUUUAGGAAUGAGUAUGGGAGGUGCUCCAGCAGGUCCAGCUGGAACUGGUAAAACAGAGACAACUAAAGAUAUGGGAAAAGCUUUGGGAAAAUACGUUGUUGUGUUUAAUUGUUCAGAUCAAAUGGACUUCAGAGGGCUAGGCAGGAUUUAUAAAGGUCUGGCUCAGUCUGGCUCGUGGGGCUGUUUUGAUGAGUUCAACAGGAUUGAGCUACCAGUGUUAUCUGUUGCAGCACAACAGAUUUACAUUGUACUAACAGCAAGGAAAGAAAGAAAAAAGCAGUUUAUUUUUACUGAUGGAGACUGCGUGGAUUUAAAUCCUGAGUUUGGAAUUUUUAUUACAAUGAAUCCUGGAUAUGCUGGGCGUCAAGAAUUGCCUGAAAACUUGAAAAUACUGUUCAGAACUGUUUCUAUGAUGGUCCCAGACAGACAAAUCAUCAUGAGAGUCAAGCUUGCUAGCUGUGGUUUUCUUGAAAACGUUAUACUGGCACAGAAAUUCUACGUACUUUAUAAGUUAUGUGAGGAACAGCUCACAAAGCAGGUUCACUACGACUUUGGCUUGAGGAAUAUACUUUCAGUUCUAAGGACUUUAGGAGCUCAGAAAAGAGCACACCCUACAGAGAAUGAAUCAACUAUAGUCAUGAGAGUUCUAAGAGACAUGAACCUUUCUAAACUGGUUGACGAAGAUGAGCUGCUGUUUCUUAGUCUGAUCAGUGAUCUAUUUCCUGGAAUACAGCUAGACAGUAGUACAUAUGCUGAAUUGCAGGCUGCCGUUUCUAACCAAGUUGACUUGGCUGGACUUGUGAAUCAUCCACCAUGGAAUAUGAAACUUGUUCAGCUUUAUGAAACAUCUAAAGUACGUCAUGGUUUAAUGACACUUGGACCUAGUGGCUCUGGGAAGACUGCUGUUAUUAAUAUUCUCAUGAGGGCAAUGACUGAGUGUGGUAGCCCUCAUAGAGAGAUGCGCAUGAAUCCCAAAGCUAUCACUGCUCCUCAGAUGUUUGGAAGGCUGGAUGCUGCCACCAAUGACUGGACAGAUGGGAUAUUCUCUACUCUUUGGAGGAAGUCAUUGAAAUCUAAAAAAGGUGAAAAUAUCUGGAUAGUUUUGGAUGGACCAGUAGAUGCAGUUUGGAUUGAAAAUUUAAACUCUGUGUUAGAUGAUAAUAAAACUCUCACUCUUGCAAAUGGUGAUCGAAUUCCCAUGGCUCCUACAUGUAAAUUGCUCUUUGAAGUUCACAAUAUUGAGAAUGCAUCUCCUGCUACUGUCUCGAGAGUUGGCAUGGUCUAUAUCAGUUCAUCUGCUCUCAGUUGGAAACCAAUAUUAAAAGCAUGGCCGAGGAAGAGGACAAUACAGAGAGCCCAGGUCUUACAAGCUUUGAUUCGCCAACCUUUUGAGCCAGCAUCCACCUUUAUGAAGAUGUGAAUGAAUUUGAAGUUAUCUUAUAUUAAUAAUAAUUAUUCUAUUUUGAUUUUGCAGUCCAUAAAUCUUUUACAGGGAAUGAUUCCUACAAAGGAAGAAGGUGGCAUUGUGAGUACUGCACAGCUUGAGAAACUUUUUAUAUUUGCAAUGAUGUGGAGUAUUGGUGCACUGCUGGAACUGGAGCACAGGAAUAAAAUGGAAACAUUUCUGCGAAAUCAUGAAAGUGGAUUGGAUUUACCAAAGAUUUCUUCAGAUGAUGGUCAAACAAUGUUCGAGUUCUUUGUCAACCAAUAUGGUAUGUCUAAAUCCAUGAGCCACCCAAGAUUGAGGGUGCUAGGGACGCUACCCAUCAGUGAGAAUAAAUGA